CGGUAACAAGCUCCUCCACAAAGUAUGUUUAUUAUCGACAAUACGAAACAGACUGUAGUGGCGGAAUGAAAAUGGCUAAUUGUCAGGUUCGUUGGUGCAGCAGGUGAGCGAUCAAUUAUCGUUAAUAUCGGGACAUUAGCCGCUUCGGGAUGAACGGUGCGCAGUUCGCGACGAUUCGUACGAGCGAAAUCAGUGAAAAUUGUGGCGAUUUUAGUGUUGUCUAGCGAGUUUAAUGGAUUAUUUAAAGAGGUGCGCGAUCGAGAUCACCGCUGAAAGGCUUGUUGGCUCUUUUUUUUUUUCUACAGUGAUAAGAAGUUUUCAGUUUGUUAGAAACGAGCCCGACGGCGAUCUUUACUCGUUUCUGGUUGUUCUUAAAGGAGGAUCAAUAACAUCGCGAUUGACAGGGAUAAAAGGAACGGAUGCGACGCGGUUUUCGAGAUUGAGACACAUCAGCAAAACCUAGAUUAAUUUAUUACGUCCAUUCAGAAAACAUACGUCCACCCGUUGUUUCUCCCGUAUCAGUAACCGCGCGGAAAAAAGUGAUGCAUGAAAAGUCUCGAUAUUACAAGGCACGUGUUUGUAUUGGAGUAAGAGCUACUUUGUGUGUAUGUGUGCCAGGUGCACUGUUGCAUCCCUCUGAUGAGCGCCAUGCACCGUUUAAACCAUAGCCGUAAUGUCAUCCCGAAGGCUACUUCUUAGUAAUUCACAAAGGGUUCACUCUUCCGUAAAGUACAGCGCAUGGAUACUUUCCAGGCAAUACCUAGCACGUACCUUGCUAGAGAAAUAUUUGUGGUAGAUCCUCGGUGAAUCAAGAGCAUGGCUUCUGGCGCGUCUUCCUUGGAUAGUGCUGGAAGUAGUGAUGGAGCACUCAACAUGGUUGUGAAAGCACAUUAUUUAUAUUCGCAAUAUUUGCAUUAUGUUCAUUAUUUUGCAAUUUGCGUUGUUGGAUAAAACUUAUGUGUGCGGCAUGCAGAAAGAGAUAGUGGAAGCUAUGGCAGUGUUGGAAGUCCUGUCGGUGGUCCUGAAUGUUGUAGUGAUUAUGACGGUUUGCAAGCUCAGUGUGAUCAAGCCAUGCAUCAGCUUCAACUGCUUAGACAUAAACACUCUGAUACUAUAAGACGGUGUGAACAUACUAUGAAGGAAUUGGAAUACUAUCGAGGACAACAUAUAGCAGUCAUGAAUCAGUUGGAGGCAACGUCACAGGAAAGUUCCGCGUUGCGGGGCAAAUAUGGAGAUCUAGUGAAUGAUAAGCAACGUCUUGACCGGGAGGUCCAGGCGUUGCAAAAGGAAGUGUCAGAUUUAAGAUGUCAGAAUCAAGAAGUUCUUGUUUCUGAUGCUAGUAAUAGUGACACAAUGAAUCAGCACUACUUAUCUGCGCUUCGAAAAUAUGAAGCCGUUAAAGACGAAUAUGAUGCUCUUAGGAAACGGUACGAUGAUUUAAUAUCGUCGCAUUCGUCGGCCGUUAAUAAGUUGGAACUAUCACAAGAAGAAGCUGUCAGAUUAAAGAAACAGUAUGAAGAGAUUGUUCAGGAACGUAACAGCGCAGUACGUGAGCGAAAUGGCUUGAAACAACAAUGUACUGCUGCAAUUAGGCAAUGGGAUAUAGCAUUGAGGGAAAGGAAUGAAUAUCGUGAAGCCUUAGCUAAAGUACAACAACAGCAUGAAGAAGCUGUUAAAGAAAUUAACCAUGCGAUGGUGCUACGCAUGAAAGCUAGUAAAGAUAUGAAACGAUUGACAGAGGAAAGAAAUGCUGCGUUACAAGAGUACAGUUUAAUUAUGGGUGAACGUGAUACAGUACAUAAGGAAAUGGAAAAACUUGGUGACGAUCUCACGCAAGCAUACACAAAAAUCACACAUUUAGAAAAUCAGAAUAAACAACUUAUAGAAGAGAAAAAAGCUUUAUCUUAUCAAAUUGAAACGCUGCGAAGAGAAAUUUCAUCCGCUCUGCAAGAUCGCGAUGAAGCGUUAAAACAAUGUAACGAGUUACGUCAGAAGUUCGGUGAUUAUUCUGAAGGUUCGAAAAGAGAUUAUAAAAAUCACAUGGAAUUACACUCGUAUAACCGCGAGCGAGAUAACUCGAACAAAGAAGCCGAAAGGGAGAAUAACACGGUUGAUUACACUAAACGUGACAAAGAACGUAUGGAUAACUUGGAUCAGGCAAACUUGGAAUUGGACAAACUGAGAAAGUCGGUAGAUAAAUUGCAAGCGGAACUCGAGGAAGCCCUCCAAGAAGCAGAGGUAUCGAAACGAAGAAGAGAUUGGGCUUUCAGUGAAAGAGAUAAAAUAGUUUUAGAGAGAGAAAGUAUUAGAACUCUGUGCGAUAGAUUAAGGAAGGAACGUGAUCGUGCGGUAUCGGAAUUAGCCGGUGCUUUACGCGAUUCUGAUGAUAUUAAAAAGCAACGAAACGAAGCUUCAAAGGAAUUGAAGGAUCUCAAGGAGAAAAUAGAAUCCGGUGAUCAUGCGCUAAGGGCGAGUCAAUUUUCCCAAGGUUUAACGCAUGCUCACGAUUCGACGAUCGACACCGAUGUUAGCGAUUGGGAAAUUCUUACUAUUCACUUGGAUCUUAGUAGACUUUGCUUGGACUCGGAUCGCGAUUUAGGGUUAACGUUGGUUGGAGGACGCGACAAUCCGUAUUAUCCGAACGAUACUGGAAUUUAUGUUGCUCAAAUAACGUCAGGAAGUGCCGUCGAUGGCAAACUUAGAGUGAAUGAUUGUAUUAUGCGAGUGAACAACGUGGAUUGCACAUCGGUGUCCACGCGUGUAAUAAUGGAAACUUUACGUACCUGUUCGGUGGGAUCAGCUACAUUAACGGUAAGAAGACGGCGUUUAACCAGACGAUCGUUAAGGACAACGCAAUUACCUGUUGGUUCUGUUCCUCAUGGGAUUUCUUUGGAACUCGGAGUGUAUAUUUCGAAAAUUUCUCCUGGUAGUCUAGCUGCUAAAGACGGCAAUCUUGCUGUAGGGGAUAGAGUUUUAAAUAUUAAUAGUAAAGCAAUGGAAGGUAUUAAUUCCAGUCACGAAGCAAUGACAAUUUUAAACGAUACUAGUACAGAUGUACUAACUAUUACAACCUUGAAAGGAAUACCAUUGCCUUCGGCGACCAGUUCUGAAACUAUGACCAUAGACGGUAGUUUCGGAACGGAGAAACAGAAAAUGGUAAACAGUUGUUCGCAAACGGAACAAGAAAGAAUGAUGUUAAAAACCGCGUCGGACGAUUACGACAGGCGAUACCUUGCAACGAAUUUCGGUGAUAGAAGUGUGUAUAAAGUUUCAAAGUCGGUUAGCAGUGAAAAGCCAAGCGGGAUUAGCAAUGCUUGGGACAACAUACGAGAGAAAAUUGAUAUCGUACGAGGACGUAAGCAUAGUAAGGACCGUGAGGAGAAGAAGAAGCGACAUCGUAACUCCAGUACAAACACCUUCGAGCAGGAACAGGAUGCGAUCGCGGAACUGGAUUCUGUAAUAGAGAGCUAUCACAAGAAAGCGAACAACGGUGUAUUGAAACGAAGUAAGCGACGCGGAACAGAGAAAGUUGAGAAAAAUGGAGGUACGUGGCCGAAAGCUAGAGGUGGGCCUCUGAUACAAAAUGGUACUGGUACGAUUUUGCAUCCACGUAAAACGAAAGAAAGGCUACCUUUAAGUGUACUCCUUAAUCCUCCAAAGUAUGAAAGUUAUAACCUUAUAUCCAACCCGAUUCCCUUGACCAAUUUCCCGAAUGUUAACAAUCGGCAUACUGUGUAUAAGUCUGUUGAAAAACCAAUACCAAAUUUCAUUAAGGCUGGGCCGUUAUUUAGUCAAAAAUCCUUUACUCCAGUGGUGCAGUUCAAAGAUAUACCGAUAGAUAAGAAACCGGCGGCGAGCGAAUUCGAGAACACGGAAAAUAGACUCAGUUCAACCCUGACACCGUCCGAAACGAGUAUCGACUUUUCCGUGAAGUCCGGUAACACGGGAAAGGAUGUAGAAUAUUUCUCGAAGAAGAGAGCCCAAAAGUAUACCCCUAGCAACGACAGCCAAAUAGACACGUUGCAGCAUAACAGGGCCCAGUCGCAGCUCUAUUCAGGGGCCGGUUCCUCGACGUCGUCGACCAGCGGGCCAAGACAGCAAUUGACCGGUAACUUUUCAUUUCCCCCGUAUACGCAUUCGCAUCCACACCCCCAUCAACAGAAUUCUUUACCAUCGAGAUACCCUUCCCCGCCGUCUUUGCCGUCCGCACAGUCCGGGGAGUCGAUAGGACUUCCCGAUGCACGAUCAUACUUCGAACCAUCGUAUAGCCCUGGCCCGCAAACAGGAUUCGGCCAUUUGCACACACCCUCAGUAGAUUUGCAUUAUCACAAAUCUCGCGGUCCACCGAUCGGCACUACGUACGAUGUGCCACCGUACACGCAUGGCUACGAAGGUGGAACAUUUCCGAGAAAAAAAGAGAAUCAACGAUUUCGAAUACCGUCAAAUCCUAGUGUUACGUCGAAAAGCAGCGUGGGUAAAUUGUCGACCGGCAGUAUAGAGAGAACCUCGGAAAGAGGAAGCCCGAUGCCAACAUUCCACGUGGAAGUACUUAGCCCGGGUACCGGUGGCGGUGGCGGUACCGGAGGAACGGUCCGUGGAAGUAGCAGCAACAAACGGUCCAGCAUGCCUGACUAUUGUUACUCUCAGCCAAGGCCGGCACCUGGGGAACUUCGUAGAGUUCACAUAGACAAAUCGGUCGAGCCGUUAGGUAUUCAAAUUUCUUGCUUAGAGAGCGGUGGUGUAUUCGUCUCCACUGUUAGCGAGCACAGUCUAGCUUCCCAGGUCGGUCUACAGAUCGGCGAUCAGUUGCUCGAGGUCUGUGGCAUCAAUAUGAGGAGUGCUACUUAUCAGCUUGCUGCCAACGUGUUGCGUCAGUGCGGUAAUUCCAUAACGAUGCUGGUGCAGUAUAGUCCGGACAAAUACAACGAAUUAGAGGAAGGCUCCGCUUCCUCCAGUUCAUCGGAAGCCGGUGGUGCCGAAGGAGGUAGCCGUAGCGGGUCGCCUACACCGUGCAAUAGUCCCGAGGCUCCCAGAAAAACAACUAUAGAGCCAUUGGAAAGCUCGGAACCCGAGCGUGACGCCUCUAGUAGUUUAAGUACAACGCGCGACACUACCAACACCCUGACUAUCAUGCGUGAAACGUCGAAUACCUUGGAACCACCUCGCACCAUCCGAGAAAGAGACAUCAGAAAUUCAGCCUCCUUGGAAGUUAGAGGCACGCAAGAAAGGGAACGAGAGAUUAGAGCGUCAGCGUCGUUGGACAUCAAUAUCAGGAAACCAGAGCUCCGUAAUUCGGCCACCUUGGAAAAUAUGCGUAAUUCCGUGACUCUUGACUCGUUACGUGGUACCGGGAACACACUAACGCGCGCGCAACUGAAUCAAGCAGCGACCACGUUGCAAAGACAAAACGCCACCGUGAGAAGUCCAACUCAGGAAGAUCAGAGUCGUAAAAGUCCACCGCCGAGCGAACCGAGAUACCUGUUUAUUGAAACCAGAAAAUGUUCUAAUCUGGGCAUUUCGUUGGUGGGUGGAAACGGUGUUGGAAUAUUCGUACACUCCGUGCAACCGGGUUGCCUCGCCGAAGAAGCCGGUCUACGUACCGGCGAUAGAAUUCUGGAAUACAAUGGGGUGGAUCUCAGGCAAGCAACCGCCGAGCAAGCGGCCCUGGAACUGGCUAGGCCGGCGGACAAAGUAACGCUGAUCGCUCAAUAUGUACCUGAAAGGUAUAACGAAGUAAAAGAUAAGCCUGGAGAUAGUUUCUAUGUGAAAGCUAUGUUCGAUCGGGUAGGUGAAGUUGGGGACAGCCUACAGCUUAGGUUUAAUAAAGACGAUAUUUUGUAUGUCGAUAAUACAAUGUUCAAUGGUACUCCGGGUCAUUGGAGAGCCUGGUUGGUUGAUCAGACCGGGAGGCGACAGACGUGUGGUAUAAUUCCAAGUAAAUUCAAGGUUGAAGAAGAAUUGCUUUUACGACGGUCACUGGGUGAUUUGGAAACGGAUACAACUAGAAGAGGUAGUACCAGUGCAAGAAGGAGUUUCUUCCGUCGAAAGAAACAUCAGCGUUCUUCUAGUAGGGACAGUAAAGAAUUGUCACAUCUCACUGGGGUGAAUUUAGGUUGGUACAGUGAUAGCGGGACAUUGAACGAGGAAACUUUACCAGCAAGUUAUCAACGUGUUGAAAGAUUAGAUUAUCCAGCUUUAAGACCAGUACUAAUUAUUGGACCACUGAGCGAAUGUGUAGUAACAAAAUUAUUGCAAGAAUUCCCUGGACAGUUUACUAGGUGUCUUGCAGAAGCUAUGCAUUGUUCCCAGGCGACCCUCGAGCAAGGUUUACGUGACUCUCUUUAUGUAGACUACAGAAAAAAAGGAAGCUAUUUCGAGUGCACUACGGUACAAGCUGUCAAGGACAUUUGCGAGAAGAAUACUCAUUGUAUCUUGGAUGUAUCCAUCGCGUCGAUCGAGCGGCUUCAUCGACACCAGAUCUAUCCUAUUGUUUUGUUGAUUAAAUUUAAGAGUACGAAGCAAAUAAAAGAAGUGAAAGAUUCGAGAUAUCCAAGUGAUAAAGUAAGUGCCAAGGCUGCCAAGGAAAUGUAUGAACAGGCAUUGAAAUUGGAAGCCGAGUAUAGGCAUUAUAUUUCUGCUGUAAUACCGGCGGGAGUAAAUGUUGCUUACAUAUGCACGCAAGUUAAAGCAGCAGUAGACGAAGAGCAAAGCAAAGCCCUGUGGGUUCCUAGAGGACUUCCCUGACGUUUAAGGGGGGGUCCCCACAAACCGCAGUGGAAAUCAAUCUAAAUUCCACCAGGGGGCCCUUACGUUGUACGAUUGUACAAAAUUGUUACAAAUUUGUUUAUUUAUGGUCUCUUAGUUGUCUCGAAAUUAGACAAAGAUUUCGAUUCUUCUUUUUAUGCUUUAUUACAAUGGUUGUUUCAAUCGUUUUCGCUCAUUUCGGUUGUGAUGCAAUUAUACAAAUAUUGCAGUCUUUCUUUCCUUUGUUUUUUUACAAUGGAUUUUACCACUUUCAACUUGAUACAAAUUUUACGUUUUAUUUUGGUAUAUUAUUUUAUAAACGCUUUAAAUAUUUGACUAUGUUACGUUCAACUGCUAUAUCUCAUUUUUUACAAAAUAUUGCAAAACAUACAAGACUUCCAUGUUGAAAUACCUUACUAUUUAAAUAUCACAGUUUUAUAAUAAUUAAUAAGUAUCAUUACAAUAUGAAAUCUAGUCGAUUUCGCAUCAAUUUCAUGUUACAUUUCAAAUUUUGCAUUUGCUUUCUUUACAGAGAUUAGAGAUUUUAAUUUUAUUUUUCAAAAAAAGAAGCCAUAUGAUGGUUUGCACAUUUCGCACACGUCUUUUCCUUUUAAUCGAUGAACUUCCUGCGCAAAUCGUCACUCGUACUACCAGCGAACGAAAUAGCUUUGUCAACUUGUUAUUUUGCUUCGAACCUCGAUCAAUCGUAAUUUUUCAAUAAAUCAAUGAAACGUUACGAAAAUGAAUAGUAAUUGGUGCGAGACCAUAAAUGAAUUGGUGUAGCAAAGAAAAAUAUUCGUCGUACCGUGGCCCGCAAAACAUAUUGGUGGAUGAAUUUGUAAAGUUGAUUAGUUAAUUAGCGAAUAAGUUUCAGCCAAGUAUUAACUGGCUGCUAUUAUUAAUCCCUCAGAUCAUUUCGUUGUACAGAAUAAUUUUUGCGUGAUUAGGAUUAGUGUACAGAGAAUGUAAUAUUAUAAAUGAAAAAAGAAGGUUACUUAUUUGUAUAUAAUUUACUUAAAAGGAACGGAAGGAACUUACGAAUUAGUUGAUUAUUAAUUUCUAGCUUUCUUAGACGGAUCCUUUAGAUUUAAGGAAUAUUUUAGUCACAUUGAUUUGUAAAAUUGUUUAUAAUCCGUUCGUUAAUGUUGCACGGUAGUCGGUUUGAAGGGUUAACGUUUUUUUUUUCCUCUUAAUUAUCUUUAGAUUGAAACAAAUUGUGAAAUACGGAAUUGAUAAACGGAUGGCUCGUGUUGUCGCCAUCGCAGAAUUUUGUAAAUAUUUAAGAACGAUGAUAGGAGUAGAUAACAGCGACACAGACUAACCUGAUAUUAAACGCUUGUAACAGAAUAACAUGUAACGAUGCGCGUUACUGCUUUUUUUACUUCUUAAGGUUUGAAUUAUUUUUAUGAUCGUGUUUUUCAAUGGCGCUUUGCAAGUGCAGUUCUCGAAGAAAUGUAUUUAAAACGCGAAUACCGUACCGCUGUGUAUCUACAUUCAGAACAUUUAUUUUUCAUGUCUCUUGCUCGUGUAGUCUAAAAAGUUAAAUUUUAUUUUCCUAUCGUUCACAGUGUUUGAAUGUAGAUACAAAUUUCGUGAGAAAUCUUAAGAUACUUCAAACGUAUCAUUUCUUCUAAUGUAUUUCAAGGAAUUGUCGUUGCUUACGCAAAACUCCUAUAAACGUCGCGGGUUAAAAAAUAUACUUGUCCGUAUUUUAAAGCGUGAGAUGAGAGAGCGAAGGACAAAGGAAAGGAAAGUGAAAUGUUACUUCUUUUGUGAAACAGAAAAUUUAGUUUUCUAACGAGACAAUAUUUAGGCGUAAGUUAUUCAAAGUGAGACCAAAAAUUAAAGGGAUACUAUGCUAAUUCAUAAGGAUUACGAUUAAAUUUAUUCGUACAGGAGGGUAUGUGUAGAUGUAUACAUUUUUUGAUACGCUGCGAAAUCAUCGGUACGAAUUUCGCAAAAAAUAAUGAAAAAAGAGAAAAGAAACGUAGACGAGUCAAAAUGUGCCAAGCACUCUUGGCAGCUGAUCAACAAGGAAUUUAUUGUGUUUCGUACCCAGGGUAUAUAGAUAGAUUUUAAAAAGCAACUGUGGACAAUCUAGAAAUUAUAAUUAGGAAUUUACUAAUGAAUUAAUAGAACGAAAUAUUUUUCGGGAAUGGAUAUUUAAUUCUUAUUCUUUUAAGAAAUAGGAAAGAUACGGAUAAUAUAUUAUAUAUUAUAUCUAUAUACAUAUGUAUAACAUACAUAUGUGAAUCUUGGACGUUAUACACGUGUAGGGUGAAGUGUGUAAAAUUGUUAUUUAUAGCUUUAAAUAUAUUUUGAUACGCGUUAAAAAUUUUAUAAGAAGCAUUUCCUGUACAUUUCGUACUAUUACAAAAAUUUAAAACAAAAAGCGAUGUAUUAAUUUGUUAAAAAAUGAAAUUAUUUCAGUGAAACAACAAUUUUCUUGAUCUUCUUCUUUAGUGUCAACUACUGUACAUAAAAAAUAGCGAAAGAUUAGGGUAAUUUAAAAGUAUCAUUGCACAAAGUGCAGUGUCAUAAGAGUGACAUGUAUUAUUUUUUUUUAAUUGAAAAUUAAUGUACAUAAAUGAUUAGGAAUCUACGUUUGACGAAAUGAAUAAAAGUUUCAUUUGAUCACUACUUUAUAAUUCACCUUACAUUUAAAAAAAAAAACGAUGUAUAACGCGUAAGAUUCAUACAUGAAGAGUUGAAAAGCGAAUUCUUUACGUCUUCUCUCUCAGUUUCAACGCGUUUGUGAAAACUUUUGUCAGGUAAAUAAGAAAUGAAUAGCUGAUAUCAAAAUUCAACAGAAAUUAAGAUAGGUCGAGGGCGAAGCGAAACUGUAAAAAAAAAACAGUAUCAGAGAUGGAGAGAGAACAGAAUAAUAUUUAUUAUAAUUAUUCUCAAUCACAGCACUGUGAUACGUAUAAUAUUACUGCUUCGAUAACAUAUCAAUUUCACAAUCCUUCUACAUUAUUAAUUAUACAUAUACAUAUAUAGUAUGAAACUCAUAUUUUCGGCAAUACUUAUAUACAUACAUAAAUGUUAUAUAUAUAUAUAAUUAACCACGCACUUUUUAAAUAUUUUUCAUAAGCACGUGGUUCCAAACCAUUCAAUAAUUACAAUCCAUCGAAAAAGUCUCUGUAUGGUUUGACAAAAUUUUAACGAAAAAUGUCGUUAGAGGGGAAGUAGAAUUUUUCAAAAUCUUAAUUUUGACAAUAUUAAAAGUGUAAUUUUUAUUUAUUAAACAUAUACAACUGAUAAGUACGAAUUACAAAGAAAAUAUUAAUUCAAAUUUUACCGCGUCAACGUUCGUACGCAACUGGUGGGCCUCUACAGACCUAUAUAUACGAGGCCUCCUUCCAUACAUCGUCAGUCUCCUCGGGAUCGCCUCCGGGGAAAGAUGGGUGUCCGGGGAGAGUGUAGCCUUUGAGGUGGAUCGGAAACCCCGGAACCCGUAAACCUGGAGAGACGUACGAGGAGAGGGGUAAUUGUCAUUUUCCCUAGAGAAACCUACCAUUACAUUUUACAUUAGUGUUAUCGAUUUAGAAUUAUCAUCAAAAUUUUUUAUCAUGAUGAUAUUUAAAACAGGAGAUAGAUUUUUUGAUAAGAUUAUUAUAUGACUGUAAUAAGUGACUUUUCCUCCCUUUUAAUUUAAGUAUUAUGUAAAUAUUAAUUUGUGCAGAAAUGAUAUAAUGUUAAAUAUUUUUUAACCAAAUGCAGAGACUUUUCUGAUGGAUUGUAUAUACAUAACACUGGUGCGUGCAAAUACACAAAAAAGCAAAAGGUGUGCAAUAUUCGUCCUUUACUUCGAGUGAAUGGAAUUCGAAUGAAAAAAAAUUUGUAUCAUUUAAUGAGAUAAUUUAAACGAAUUUGAUUCCAUUUUUAAAGAAAAUAAUUUUACUACUUUCUUUCUCUCCAUUAUUUUCCAAGUUUAGAAUAAUUUCUUGAUUUUAAAUGCAAUCGUUAAGAAUAAAAAAUUCUUUACAAAAGGAAUUGAAGAUAAAAAUAAAAGUUAAUUAUGAUUAUUUAAAUUCACGAAUGUUAUUUUGAAACUUGCAAUUUUAGUUUGGAAAAAUUAUUUUUAGCUAUGAAAGUUCGCAAAUUCUGUUCACUCGAAACAGCCGCAGAAAUAUUUUUAAACUAGCACGCCUAGUGGUGCACGAUAACAGAUCAAGCAUUAAUUAUUAAUGAUCAUUGAAGCGUUUAUGGUGAUAUAUUACGUAGUAGCAGAGAUCGGUGAUCAAGUUUGAACAAUAGAGAAGGUGGUAGUAAUACGGAAUAUUAGUUUCAUUUUUUGACGUAUAUCUAUUUCAUAGAAAUGACGAAUUUUCUAUUUUUUCUUUUAUUUUAGAAAAGUCAAGGAUUAACAAUCUUGAAAUCGGAGAGUAAUAUGGGCCAGUAUUAUUUUAGAACAAAGUAAGUUGUGAAAGUUAAUUUAUUUAGUUAUUUUCAUAAUAAUCAUAUAUACAAUGGGCUUAAAAGGUAUUGAUACGCCUAUAUUUAAAAAAAAUAGAUAUCGUAUUGCAUUACAUCACACUAAUUAAGAGUAUAUAGAAUUUUUCUUUUAAUGAAACUGCAUUUUUAUACAUGCAUUAUUGCACUUGUAAAGAAAAGUUGCAAUUGUAGAAAAGUAUUAAUCCGUCCGAGACGAGUCAGGAUAUGUUUGAACUCAUUUAAUGUCUCGUCUCGUUGGAUGGAGUAUAGUUGCUUAUACUAUUUAAUUUUUUUUUCUAUUUCUUUUUUAAACAUAUAAUUCGUCCCAAUUACUAAAAACACCCUGUUGUAAAUCUCAGAAUUAUGGUGGUCGAUAUUACUACCCCCUUUUCUAUAUAAUUCAGGUUAAUGAUUCUGAUGACAAUUUGUUCAAACAAUAUUCGCGACUAGUCUUCAAUAGUAUUCUCUAUAUUUUCUAUAACGAAUUUCUCCUCGCAAUAUUCCCAUUGUGUGGCUACCAUCGAAAUUCAAUCAUUUUAAGAAUGCCAUUAUAUCCGCUAUCUUUCCAUGCGUAUCCUAUUGUAUUUGUAUCUCAUUCUUCGUGUACAACUUACGUACAUAACUGCGCGUUCCUAUUGGCUGAAAAGAGUUUAUUCUAAUUUUUCAAAUGUUACUUGUAUCUACAUUUAAUUCUAUAUUCAACAGGUUUCGUGUCUCAUGGAACAUGAAACUUAUUGUGAACAAAUUCUUCCUAACUCGGUACUUUGAUAAGUUACUAUGUAAUUUAACGUGUUCAAAUUUUUAUAUGAAUAACUAUUAUUGGUAUGUACAGAACGAAAUUGUAUUUUUAGUGAAACUUUGUCUUAUUAGAUUAUGUUACUAGCAUCACAUAAUUAAUAUAAUUACGAUAUUUUCAAUUGUAUUGAGAAUAUAAUUGAAAAAGAGUACUGAAUUCCAGAAUUUCAAUUCAGAAUUUUUUAGAUUUCAUAUUUGUAAUUUUCGUGUUUUAAAUAACGCAAGUAAUGUUUAUCCUCGAUUAAUAAUUCUUCUGACUUUCGUAUUUCAAUCAUGACAAUCAAUAUCAAGCAAUAAAUAAUGAUACGAGUAACUGUAUAUUUCAUAAAAAUAAAGGAUAAACUACUUACGUUAUUCACAAUUCGUGAAUUUCUAUUCACGUUUAUUCCUGCAAGUUUUAUACGUCCAUAAAGUAUUUCUAAACGUCCCAAUCGUCUUCCAUCUUUUUACAAUUUGGAUAAUAUUUCUCUCAUCGAAACGAAUGAGAAUCUUAAAAAGUACAAGAAUCUUAUUUUAUCUAAUAAUGCAAUAUUUAUCGAUAUAUUAAUCCAUAAGUAUUAAGAAUACUCUCUUAUCAGCCAAUACGUUGUCGCGAUGAUAUCAUGGAACUUUGAUAUCGGUUAGCUCGAUAAUUUUACAUUUGUAUUUAAAUUGUUAACAAGAAACACUGCGAUUCCUUAUUUAACUUUUCGUCGCCGAACACCAUGGAAUUUAAUCGAUUGGGCAUGCAGGGUGUCUUAUUCGUCUCUCCUCAUUGUAAUUAGAAUUAAUGCGUUCAUUUAAAAAUCUUCAGUGAAUGAGUUUUGAAAUGACUUAGAUAAUUACAUAGACCAGGGACGCUCGAGUAGUAAGCUGGGCGUGGGCGUCCACCUGUGCUCGCGGGCACUGUUACGGGCUCGAAGUAUACCGGACUCAAACGACUAUAGCUCCCUUUGAUUAGUGGUCAACUUUACAGGGUUUCCAAUUUUUUUCGCGAAUAUUUCUAUAAUUUCGUGAACUAUAAUUUAGGACUCAAACGAAUGGCAAACACAUUGUCCAAACUGCGUGGAAUCGACCACUAAUCAAGGGAAGUUUGGCUGUAUUCGUUUGAGCUCCAUGUAUUCUUGCCCUGGGCAAGAGUCAGUGAGAGUGGGGAGGCUUCUUCGGUGUUACAUGGAAAAUGUCCAUUUCAAAGAAGUGCUACUUUUGGUUGCUUUUCUAUAAAAUGAUAGAUCAAUAAUGCGCAUAAAUUCAGAGACUCCGGUUCUGUAACAGAUAGAUUACAAAAGGACAAUUUCUAAACCUGUUGACAAUCAAAUUUCUACAUUUUUACGCAUUACAGACUGUAUUGUUGAAAUAGUAUUGCAUACAUAGUUGCUAAGAACCAGGGUUGGGUAUUACUUGAAUAAUUUUCGCAUCAUUGUUUUUAUUGAAAUGAUUCUCGAAUAAAAAUGUGAAAUAAAACCAAGUUAUUCUAAUAACUUCGUUUUAUUAGAGAAUUAUUGAAAUCAUGCCCAACUCUGCUAAGAACGUAUAAAGCUAGACUGAUUUAUGGGAUGAUCGAUGAUCAAUCGUUCGUUUACUUCAUCAGCAAUAGAAUUUCGAAAUGUUUAAUACUGAAAGGGUAUCGUUGUACUCCAUAGGUUGUUGAGGGACUUUUGUUAACUAGCAAAGAAACGCGAUGGAUAAUGUUUAAUUUGGAAGAUACUAUUGUAAGUAGCAAGGUAUAAGUUUCUACCGUGACAAAAUUACUUUGUUUUCUAAAAUACUUGCAAUUUGGUACUAUGCUUUUUUAUGAUAGUCAAAAUAGUUAUUUGUUACGUCAAAGUAAUUGAAUUUCAUAUAACAAAAGCUUUGAAUUAACUCUAUUAGUAAAGGUUAGGUCAGGUUAGGUUAAGUUGGAAACUUGAACCUUGCUACGUACGAUUCAUUUGUAAACACCUUCACUGCCAGGCAUUUAUUUAAUUUUUUUAUUAAAAACAAUUGAUUUAAUUGAGAAAAAUUAACACUUUGAUGGUAGAUAGACUUAUGAAUUUGAUGAAUUAAUUUUUAUGUCAUUAUCUUUUGUCCAAUAUCUUGCAACGAACAUUGCAAAGGCUUCCACAUAUAAUUCUAAAAAUAAAUUUUGUUUUUUUUUUCUUUUUAUAAAAGAUUGUAAGUCAUCAGGGUGUUAAAUAUCCGUAAUGUACCCUACCGUUGAAAAGCAAUAGGAUAUUGUUUAAUGUCACAUAAAUCCAACAGAAAAUGACGACAUAUUACAAUGAAAAUUUUGAGAAACACUUAUCAGGUAUCCCAAGAAGUUUAAACAUAUUUUAUAUACUACUUUGCACCUUUAUGUACACUCACGUUCAAUAAUCCUUUCUCAACGUGAUACAAGUUUGUGAAUGGCACUUUGAUAGAAUCUCCUGAUGGUUUGGAUAAUUUUAAAAAGUCAAAAUUAAAUAAUCAGGAUGUAUUAACACUAGAAUAACCGACGUUGAAAAGAUUCCAAAAAUAAAUUGGAAAGAUAAAUAAAUUAGCAUACAUAAAAAAAAUGGCAUGUAUGAUGAUAUUUUUGAUUUUGGUAUCGCAAGAGAAUCAUAAAUGUUAAAUUGCGUUGUGGUGGUAAAAAUGAUUUUGUAAAAAUUUGUCAUUCGUUAAAGGAUCCUUUUAGUUGAGAGACGAAACUCGAUUAUAAGUGAUUUUUUUGUUAAAUAAUUUUUGUAUUAAUAUAAUGUUAUUUCAACGAUAUCGAGCACAAUAUCGUUUCAUAAUGUUGUAAUAAUAUAAUAUUGCGUUUUAUAAAUGUAAUUGUACAUAUAUAUAUGAUAAUUGCGCGUAAUGUAUUAUUGUAUUGUAUAAAAAAGAGAAGGUUUCGUAUUAUUUUAAGUGAAUCUUAAAAGAUUAUUUUUCAUUUCGAAUCGGUGACACGGUUUCUCCAUAUGCUUCCAGAGAUGAACAUGGAGGAAUCGUGAAAGUAAAAAAAUUAAGUUAUUAUUCCUUAGAUUAUUUAUUAUUUAUAGUUUAAAUCAUACAUAAUCAGCAAUAAACUCUACUGUUUAUUCGCAAAA